AUGGCGCCCGAGAAGCUGCGCCGACCACCGCAAGCACCGCCGGUCUUCACGGCGACCGCCCAGUCGAUCGUGGCCGACGCGAAACGGCUCAUCGAGAGCACCCGCCAGGCCCAUGACGGAGUGGUUGCGGCCGUGACGCCCGAGACGGCCUCGUUCGCGAGUGUGGUGCGCCCGCUGGCGCAGGACGAGAACACCAUGGCGCUCGAGUCACACAUCCUGGGCUUCUACCAGGCGGUCUCGACCGACCAGACGCUGCGGGACGCUUCCUCCGAGGCCGAGAAGCUGAUGGACGAAUUCUUCAUUGAGACCGCUAUGCGCGAGGACGUUUUCGCUCUGGUCGACGCCGCGCUGAAAAAGGGCGAAUCGCUCGAUCCGGAGUCCCGGCGGUUGCUGGAGAAGGAACACAAGGAUUACAUCCGCAACGGGCUGGGCCUGCCGGCCGGCCCGAAGCGCGAGCGGUUCAAGGAGAUAAAGAAACGGCUGAGUCAGAUCAGCAUUGAGUUCCAGAAGAACCUGAAUGAGGAGAACGACGGCCUGUGGUUCACGCCUGCGGAGCUAGACGGCGUCCCUGCCGACGUGCUUUCGGGCCUUAAGAAGGGCGAGGAGGGAAGCGAGCAUGCCGGCAAGCUCUGGCUGACCUUCAAAUACCCAGACCUGUUCCCCACGAUGAAGUACGCGACCAACGCCGAGACACGCAAGGCCGUCAUGAUCGCCAACGAGAACAAGUGCAACCAGAACGUGCCGCUGUUCCGCGAGGCGGUGGUCCUGCGCGACGAGGCGGCCCGCCUGCUGGGCUACCCUAACCACGCGGCCUUCCGUAUCGAGGACAAGAUGGCCAAGACACCCGAGACGGUCGACUCCUUUUUGGGGGAUUUGCGCGCCGACCUGGCUGCGGGCGGCGAGAAGGAGAGGCAGGCCCUGGUCGCGAUGAAGAAGGCGGACCUCGAGGCCCGCGGCGAGCCCUUUGACGGCCGCUACUACCUGUGGGACCACCGGUUCUACGACCGCCUCAUGCUGGAGAAGGACUACCAGCUGGAUCACCAGCUGAUAGCGGAGUACUUCCCGCUCUCGACCACCAUCGAGGGCAUGCUGAAGAUCUUCGAGGAGCUGUUCGGCCUGGUGUUUGUGGAGGUGACGGGUGCGGACCGGCACCAGAUCGCCCCCUCGGGCAAAGGCGAGGACAUCGUCUGGCACGAAGACGUGCAGGUGUUCAGCGUCUGGGACGACGAAGGGGAGGGCAGCGGGUUCGUCGGGUACCUGUAUCUGGACCUGUUCCCUCGGGACGGCAAAUACGGCCACGCGGCCAACUUCAACCUGCAGCCGGGGUUUGUGGGUGCCGACGGGCAGCGCCGCUACCCUGCGACGGCGCUGGUGUGCAACUUCACCAAACCGACGCCGAAGAAGCCCAGCCUGCUCAAGCACGACGAGGUGGUCACCCUGUUCCACGAGCUGGGCCACGGGAUCCACGACCUGGUCUCCAAGACGAUCUACUCGCGGUUCCACGGCACGAGCACGGUGCGCGACUUUGUCGAGGCCCCGAGCCAGAUGCUGGAGAACUGGUGCUGGACGCCCUCGCAGCUGAAAUCGCUCAGCAGGCACUAUGCCACACUCUCGCCUGAAUAUCUGACUGCCUGGCAAGAACAGCAGUCCACCCAAGACAACCCUACUGCCACCACUCCCCCGCAACACAUCCCCGACGAGGUCAUCGACAAGCUCAUCCGCACCAAACACGUCAACGACGCCCUGUUCAACCUGCGCCAGCUGCACUUUGGCAUCUUCGACAUGAAGGUGCACCAGCCGGCGAGCCACGCCGAGAUCGAGGCCCUCCCCAUCUCGGCAACGUACAACACGCUCCGCAAGCAGAUCACCCAGAUGGACGGGCCCGAGGCGCUCGGUCGGGGCGACGAAUGGGGCCACGGCGAAGCCACCUUUGGCCAUUUGAUCGGCGGCUACGACGCAGGAUACUACGGUUAUCUAAGCUCCCAAGUCUAUUCGACCGAUAUGUUCUACACGGUCUUCAAGGCGAACCCGAUGGACCCCGUGGCCGGGCGACGGUACCGGUACGGCGUGCUGGAGAAGGGAGGCAGCCAGGACGAGAUGAAGACGCUGACCGAGUUUCUUGGGCGCGAGCCCAACCCGACUGCUUUUUAUAAAGAGCUGGGCUUGGCCUGA